UUAUAACAGAACGUCAGUGCUGGGAGCAAACUAGUCUGAGCAGGACUUAAGGACGGAGACGAGUUGCUGUUGGACUCUAUUAAGGGUAGACUCGUAUUCACUUCUUGCUUUUGCUUCUUUUUUGGAAUUCAAGCCUUUCGCCUGUAGAUAAUCUGACAAGAUGCUGAUCCUUCUGCUCGGAAUCAUCUUCCUUCACAUUUCUGCUCUUGUUCUCCUGUUUGUAUCAACAACUGUCAGUGUGUGGACAACAGGGACAAUGGGAACCUCAGACCUUUGGCUAAACUGUUCUAGGAGCAGUGUAGACUGCGAUGGAGCAUCAACUGGAGUGUGGAUUCAGGUGGUCCAAGCUCUCAUGAUCCUCUCCAUCAUCUUCAGCUUCCUCUCUCUGUUACUCUUCUUCUGCCAGCUCUUCACUUUGCCGAAGGGCGGACGAUUUAUCCCCACUGGAAUCUUCCAGAUCCUUGCUAGUUUGUUUGUGAUGAGUGGAGCCAUCAUCUACACGCUGAUGAGUCCUGACUGGGUCUCGGAGGGAACGUUUGGAUACGCCUACAUCCUGGCAUGGGUGGCCUUCCCUCUGGCGCUCAUCAGUGGACUCAUCUAUGUCGUCUUGAGGAAGCGAGAAUGAAGUGCUCCAUCUCAGUGUUUCCAGUAACCUUUGAAGUCCCCUUCUGAAUAUUAAAUUGUGAAGCCAAUACCAAGGAAGUAACACCAAAGGCAAAAAAAACCCCAACUCAAAACACCAAUAGUGUCUGUUAAAAAGAUGUAUAUAGUAUCUAUGGUUUAAAACCUAUUUAUAACACUUUUUACAUAUAUGUACAUAGUCUUUGUGUUGCUCUGUGGACAUUAUGAGCUUUGUUUUAGCUGAAAAAGUGCCUCUGUCUUUAUUUAUAAGUAUGAUGUUAUUAUAUGAUGUUUUAUUUUGUGUUUUCAGCCAUUUUUUGGGUAACUGGCAAAGAUUUAGGUAAAUUAGAAGGAAAAAAAAAAGAAUUUUGCAGCAUAUCAACUAAAAUGCAUGGUUAGUUACAUGGCCGAACCAACUUUAAAUGUAGUCCAAAAAUUUAGCUUAGCAGUCUAAUUUAGGUUAAUUUAGUUUUUUUUUCCCCUUCUUUCACAUUUUUGAAAUUUUUUAUUUUAAACAAAAAUAUGGUGCUAUGUAUUUAUCAUUCCUAUUACUUAUAGCAAUUAUAUAAAAUAGUUAUUUUGUUUGGAAUCAGUGUGAAAUGAUUAUAGGCGAAAGGAGACAGAGAAACAUUUCGCAGUGUUGGGAUGUCUUUUUGCGGUGUCCAUUUUUCUUCAUCAGUUACUGUAAAGGGUAAAUAAUUGAGAUUGGAGUGGUGCACUAAUAAAGGCAAAAGUCAUUUGGAAUGUCAGUAUUACUCUUGCAGACCUGCACACAGAGAAUCAGCUUUAUUUUAAUUUUUGUUUGCUUUAAUUUGGAUGUUUUUGACAACCUAUGUUGAGGUUUGAAGAAGCCAAAAGGCCUUGGAAGUUAGGUCUUUUAUAGAAAAAUAACACGUUAGGGCCUAGGGAAAUAAAAUAUCCACACUUAAUAUGCAAUAUACUGCAAUUGGAUGCCAUAAAAGACAUGACAAGAGGUUAGAGCAACUUAAGACAUAUUAUCCCUAUAAGUGAAAAAAUGACAGAGGGCUACAGUGAUGAAACAACUGUUAGUUUGACAUACUUGAAAGGUUGUACUGCUGCGGUUUCUUUGAUCUCUACUGUAUAACACUGUUUAUAUGUUGUGCAUAACAGCUCCCUUUGACACUGUAGCUUAAAACGCGCACUGAAUAAAGCAACAUUAUCUAGUACUGUGUAUUCCACUGUUAGAAGGGACUUGUAAAGCUCACCUGUGGAGACUCUCUGUAGACGCCAGAAAGCUGAUAGCAAGCGCAUGUUUAUAUGCUUUAUCGACUGGCAAAGUCGGCAACAGAAAUGAAAUCAUGUAAACUCCUGCGUACAUUCUUGCCAAGUUCAGCUUGCAGUACAUUUGUGAGUUCUUAUGCUUGUGGCUGCAAAUACUGAACGUGACCGGUGUCACCCACACUGGAGCCAAGGCACUGCAAAAUGCCAGUUACUCAGAACAUGCAGCUCAUGUUUCACUGUGGAUGUUUCUUGUGUCACAUAAGAUACCAGAGGACUUUAACCGCCAUAAGAUGGUACGAGUCCUUCACUUCUCUUAGGUGAGGUUCAAGCAUUUACUUUGGAGCACUUCUUCCUGUUCGACUGUAGCAAUGGGUUCAGUUAGAAGAGAGUACCUCUGAUGAAAACUGCCCUCAUAAUCAUUCUAAAGCCAAGGCCUUUACUGUAGUUGCCAAUGCUAUGUUUACGUCAAAGCUUAAAGAUGCUUCUCAUGCUACUACAAUUUUAAUCAUUAAAGAAUGUUUAUUAAAACCUAAA